CCUCCUGACACUGUCUUAAGGUUUUAUAAUAAGAACGAAAUGGAUAAGAACCUUGGACUUCUCUUAUAUAUGUAAUUUCAGGUAACAGAUAGAUAUUGCCAUUAUGAUUGUUAUUUCUUUAAUUUUGUAGAGGAGAAUAACUGUGCCAAACUGCGCAUCUAAUUUUGGACACCCUUGAUAGAAUGAGCCUCAUCCUCAUUUGCAGACUUCUGGGGGUAACAGCACUUGUUGUCCAAGUUGCUAUAUCAAAAGAGGCUCCAGAGGUCACUGUGUCUGUAUGGCCUCCAGGGUCAAACAUCUACCCCGGGGAAUGUAUGCUGCUUCGGUGUAGUGUGGUGUCGGGCUCCAGGUCUGUGUGGACCUACCAGUGGUUCAGGAACAAACCACACAUGGCUCUAACCCCAAACCCCAGACACCUGGCCUCUCAUGACAGCUACUCCAUCACAGGGGUUACAAGGGAGGACGGGGGCAGCUACUGGUGCCAAGUGGAGCGACGGGGCAGCAACUCGACCACGGUGCUGCUCAGCGACCCAGCCCGGCUCACUGUUUCAGAGUUAGCUCCCCCCUCUCUGACUGUGACUCCCAGCAGCAGACAGAUUUUCCGAGGGGAGCGCCUCACUGUGCAGUGCCCCGUGUCUGGGACUAACUCCUCAGGCUGGGCACUGAGGCAGCUCUCUCAGGACUUCGGUCUGAGGACUGCAGACUUCCAGACCGGACAGUGUACACCACUAGAGGGUGCUGUUAGUGCGGACGUCCCUGAUGCAUGUAUCUUCCCCACCGUCUAUAGUGGGAACAGUGGACUUUACUGGUGUGAGAGGGCUGGGGGCCGCAGCAACGCAGUCAACAUCACAGUAAGCUAUGGCACCAUCAUCAUGAAGACCCCUGUCCACAGUGUCCCAGAGGGCGAGCAGGUGGUCUUGUAUUGCCAGUACUGGAAGGGCAAUCACAGUAAAACCACCUUCUUCAAAGAUGGUGUGGAAGUCCACACUUCUCUCAGCCCAGACAGAGUAGUAGAGAUGACUAUUGACAAUGUGACAAAGGAAGAUGAAGGCUUCUACAAGUGUGCGUCCCAUGGGAGAAAGAUGGAGAGCCCAGCGAGCUGGUUAUCAGUGGGAAGCAACUCAACAUCAGCAAAUGGGACACCGAUCUCCAACCAUGGCUCCCGGAAAUGGAUAAUUCUGUCCUGCUGCCUUGUUGGACUUUUGUUCCUUAUUCCCCUGAUAGUGUGGGUAGUCCAUCAUUACAGGUACCAAAUUUGCCGCACACGUAACUGUUGGCCAAUUUCCAAAGAAGAACUGCCAACAGUGGAGCUUCCCAAGACCAAGCAGGAUGUGACAGAGGUGCAGUGGGACCUGUCCUGGAUGGAGAUGUCCAACCUGCUGGAUAAGCAGUUGUACCCCAUCAGUUAAAUCUGAAACACUGUGUUCCAGCAUGUCUACUGGACAGUACUGAUUAAUGUUUUUUUUUUUUUUUUUUUUUUUUUUUUCCCACUUCAUCUAUUGGAUGCAAAUUGAAAAUCUGAAUUUACAUUGUGUUAAGGUUUGAGGAGCUGCAUAGACAUGAAUUGCAUCUUUGUCAGAGUAAAUGUGGUCGCAUGUUGCAUUUUGUCACUCAUAUUUGAAUG